UUCUGUAGCUCAUGCAUUAAAUGGCUCARACAGCAGCUGUGAUAUCAAGAGAUGAAGAGGAGAUCCAAAAUAGCAGUGAGGAUGAAGACCGAUUUCUCACUCCUGAUGCUGUAACAGCAUCCCCUGGUUGCUCUGCCAGCCCUUCGCUAGACACCCUUAAUGAAGACAAGAGAAGCUCAGCAGGGCCAGAAAGACUGUCUGUCCUCUCCAGCAGGGCAGUGGCCCAAGGCAAAGCCCUGGCUGGCCCUGAGAUGGUCAGUGCUGGCCAGGCACAGAGUGCAGCCCCUGGGCUGGCUGAGCAUCCUCUGGCAGCUGCAGAUGCAUCAUUAGGUGUCUCCUCAUACCCUAUAGUAUCUGAUGACCUGCUCCCUGAGGACAUUGCCUCCCUGCCCACCACAAGCCCCCCCUGUGAUGGUGAAUUGAGCUCAGAGGUGCUGCAGGCCCCAAAGGUGACCGGGGAGGCCGGGACUGACCCUGGGGAUGGCCACAUGCAGCAGGCAGGGAGCAGCUCCAAGGGCAAUGCAGUCUCCUGUAGCUUGGGCCAUGUGAUUUGGAUGAAGAGCACAAAAGUAAUGGAGACCUUAGAAAACAAGAAAAAGGAAGAAAAGGAGAAGUACCGGCUCCAGCUAUCUAUGUACCGACGGCUCCUGCUGUUGCGCUCCAUCAGGAGUUUGCACAGGCAGCUGGAGCAGCAGCAGGCCAGGCUGCAGGAAUGCUAUGGCAUGGUGAUAGAAACAAAGAAAGAAGUGUUGAAACAGAUUUGCUCAACUUCGCCUUCACCUUCACCAUAAUCAUGCUGCUGCCUGCAUAAAUGAGCUUUGCCAUGACACCAG